CGGUUGGCAGCAGUCGGGACUAAAAAGGAGACUACGGGGAUUGGAAGUAUGAAUUUUACGGAAAAUUCGGAUAAACAGGUUAUCAUAGAUGAUCGACUACAACAUUUUAUUGAGACUGAGACGAAGAAGCAACAAUUUCAAGGAUUGGUACAUGAAUUAACAGGUAUCUGCUGGGAAACUUGUAUGGACAAACCAUCACCACGUCUAGAACCCAAAGUCCAUAAGUGUCUUGUGAAUUGCGUGGAAAGAUUCAUUGACACUACUAAUUAUAUCACAAAUAGAAUAGAACGUAUAGCGAUAAAUUUACAACCUGAAUCAGAUAGUAUAGAAUGAUUUCAUCAUUCUGAAAACUAUCUUCUGAGAAUCAAACUUUGUCUCCUAUCAGUUGUAGAAAGUUUGUAACAUAUUUAUAUAUUGUGUGUAUUAGAUCUGUAUAAACUGUUGAUCAUGUUUUCAAGCAUUUGGGGAUUUUUAAAACGUCAUAAGCGUAAGUUUGUAGCUGGAAGUAUCAUUAUUAGUAGUGUCAUUUUUUUGACACGUUAUACACAGCGCAAGCUUCGAGAAUGGCAAGAUAAUGAGAUAAAAAUGUUAGUGGAAAAGACUAAGAAACGGCAAUAUUAUGAAAGCAUAGAGAAAACAUGCAACCAAAUGAUAUUAUCCCUUGCAGCAAACUUAAGAAACUCUGUGAUAACAGAAAAUGAUACAGAGACUAUUAUAAAUCAGCUUAGAAAUGGUACUGCUAAUAAAAUAGCAUCUUGGAAUCAAUUAAAAAUAUUAGCAUUUACACGAUCGGCUGUAAUAAUUUAUUCUUACACAAUGCUAGUUAUGUUUCUUCGAAUUCAGGUUACUUUGAUUAGUGGACAUAUGUAUAAAAAUGCACAGAAUGUGAACAAUGGGAUUAUUGGGAAUGAAGUACAAGCAAAGUACAUGGCACUUUCUAGCUACUUUAUAUAUGAAAGCAUUAAGAAUUUGAAUAGUCUUAUAAAAAGUAAAGUUGUUGAGGUCACAGCUUCAUUGUCUCUGACAGAGCAAUUAACAUUAAGAGAUUUGGAACAUAUAUAUUGGGCACUUACAUCUUCUAUAUCUGCUGAUAAUUCAAAGGAUCCUGUCAAAAAUUUUACAUAUUAUAUAUUGCAAAAAAACACUGAAAACAAUGACACAUCUAUCUAUACAAAAUUGAUCGAUCAGAUGCUAGAUGUAUCAGAGAGCGAAGAAGUACAAGAUUUAAUGCAAAAGAAUGUCAGGACUGGAUUUGUUUUAUUAAUGGAUCACAUAUCUGUAUAUUUCAAUAAUUCUAAAACUAAUAAUGGACAUGAUGCACGACGUAAAACAUCACAUUCAGAAGAGUCAAACAUCAAAAAUUCAAUUUCAACAUACUUACAAGAAACAGCUACAAAUAAUGGGUCAAGUGAAUUUGUAAAUAUUAACAAAACUACUAUGGCUUUGGCCAAAAUUAUUCCUAUUAUAAAUGGUCUAGUUCCAGAUAAUCCGACACCAAAAGAUAUAGCAGCAGAUUGGCUUCAAUAUCUGAUAUUAAAUAAUGAGUUUAAAAUUCUUGGAGCUAAUGUUUACGAAGCAUUUAGUUGUUAACAGAGUUAAAUUCAAUCAACAUUGAGAAUUAUAUGCAAAAUUAUUUCAUGAUUGUAUAUAAUACAAAAAAA